AUGUCUUACACAACUACUCUUUCGGAAAAGGCCCCAGAGGAAGCGGUGCAGCCUGUCAGUUCGACUCUGUCCGACUACGAUGCCGAUCUCUCGUCGUCCGGCUACCCAGAAAGUCCGGAUCUUGAAGACCGAGAGAAAUAUGCCGGCAUCCUAGCGGAUACGAAGAAAACAGACAAGGCAGCCCCGGGCCUUGGCUUCAUUGUAUGGACGGCAAUCAAUGUUGCUUCCACCGUUGCCAUAGUUGCCUUUGCUGCAUACCAUUUCUUCAUCACGGGGGCCACAUUAUGGGUCGUCUCUCGCCCACAGUGCGCCAUCUUCAUACCAAAGCAGGUGUCGAUAAUGCAGAUUUCCCCCCUGGCGGCAGCGAUGUGUAUCCAGGUGGUCCUCCAGAAUCUCUCGCUGGCAUAUUCGUCCGUCAUGUUCCAUCAGCUGGCCCGAUUACUCCUGACCCCCGUCGUGGCUUUGCUCAACUACAUGCUCUACUCGACCAAGAUCCCCCGGGCGGCCGUCUCCCCUCUCAUCCUGCUGUGCUCCGGCGUGGGAAUCGUCUCCUACUAUGACUCUCUGGCGAUGGACAGCGCGAGCGCCGCGAGUACGUCGUCCAGGGGAACAAUCUUUGCCCUCGCCGGCGUCUGCACCAGUGCCGUGUAUACGGUGUGGAUUGGGCAGUACCACAAGAAGUUCCAGUUGAACAGCAUGCAGCUUCUCCUGAAUCAGGCACCAGUCAGCACCGUUCUGUUGCUGCUCACUGUUCACUUCACUGCAACGCCGCCAUUGGCGGCUGUUCCAGUGUCCAUGUGGGUUUUAAUCUUAAUGAGCGGCCUCUUUGCUUCUUUGGUGAAUCUCUCGCAGUUUUUCAUCAUCCACUUGGCGGGACCCAUCAGCGGGACGGUGGUCGGCCAGCUCAAGACGUGCAUCAUUGUCGGGCUGGGAUGGGCUUUCAGCACGCAUCCCAUCUCUUUUCAGAGCAUUGUCGGGAUUAUGCUGGCGUUGGCGGGCAUGAGCUUGUAA